AGUUUGCUUGUAAAAAUAAAUAAAUUAGAAUCUGAAUUGGCCAUGAAAAAAUACUAAAUACAAUCUGGGCUGUCUUUUUCUAUCAGUUCUUCAAUAGGUAGAUCUUGUCUUUCAUAAAGGUCGAGGUAAAAAGGUUGGUGAACACUGCUCUAAUGUAACCAUCAACGAAACCAUCACUACUUAUUUGUGUGACCUGUUAAUCAACAAAGCAGUAUUUAUAGCCUUGAAGUUUCACAGCCCAUUCUCGACCUAACCACAGGCACUACUCUUCACCAUGAUGAUAACCCUACAAAACUUCAACAGCACAGAAACACAUUUAAAUACCAAAAGAACAGAACAUUAAACAAUAACACAUCUUCCCUUGUAUUAAUCUUGUGCAAAAACAAACAAAAAAUAACACUUAAUUUCAACAUUUAUUCUCCCUUACAGUGUGUGAUGCAAAGCAUGCUGGGACCUUGAAAUCUGCUGCAACUCAGUUUAAUGUUAAAUGGAUUCUUCUGAUAAUGUCUGUAACGUCGGCAGAUGUGACAUGGAUGACGUCACUUUAUAUCACUCAGUACACUUAAAAAUAAUUAAGUAAUAAUUAAGUUUACUCAAAAUGCUGAGCUACACAAAAACAAAACUAAACACCUCGUUCAUAAAAUGUAAUUGUUUUAAGUUGCAUCACUGAUUUAACAGAUUUAAUUGCAGCGUACUUAAUCUUUAUAAGUUAGUAGUACUGUUCGGGUUUACAGUGUUGGACUGCACAAUAUUCUCUCCAUAAUACGAGCAAUUAUGAUGGUGAAUUUAAAGCACAUAUGCUGAUGAUGUUUUUGAUGUAAUUAAUGUCGAAGUCAUUGCAACUUACUGCGUGCUCAGUCAGUACUGAGGAAGUCAGACUUUCACAAUUUCAUCCUGACCACAGACACUAUCUUGGUUGACUGGUUGCACACUUCCCGUUUCUAAUAUGCUAAUUUUCACUUCUUUUCAGUCUGUCUGUAAAGCCUGCCCAAACAGUAUUCCUCUUCUCUUUCAAACAUACACAACAUGCCAAUCAACCUCAUUGUACAUUUUUGUUUAGUCCCCAUUCGCAUCAUGAGGAAUCUUUUUUUUUAUAUUUUGAUGUAAAAUAAUUCUCUUUCAUCCAAAAAAAAAAAAAGAAAUGUAUAUUGAAACUGUAAAAAAACCCAUCCAGAACUCAAGGUAAAACAAUAAAGUGAUUAAAAAACAAGCUAUAUAAUAGAGUGUCAGUAAUUUCACUGUAAAGUAUACCCUGUCAUUGAAGAAUUACUUUUUAAUAUUAUUUAUUUAUAUUGUUUCCUUUUCAGUGCAUAUAGAUGUCCAGUUGCAUUGAAGACUUCCCUGGGAUCAAAGAUCUUGGGAUAACCAGCCUGUUUUGUCUAAUUUGGCUGUGAAACCACCAUGUCAUUCACAGAUCACCACAUCUUUGUUGAACAGCAAAUCUCACACAAAUUCAAAGUGAAAGUGUUGCGGGCUGAAAAUGUCACCAAAGGAGCUCUUGGAGACCUGUCAAACAGCGUUGCAUUACCGCACGCACCCCCUUCUGGAUUGGAGUGUGGAUCGCCUGUGACUGACUGUAUUCGUCGUUUGACUGUGUGCACUGAACCAUGACAGUUCAGGACGAAUACAUGUACUGUUACACCCCUAGUGACUGUACAUUACACAGCAUCAUGCAUUGCUUUCUUCAGUUUGAAGCUACUAAACUUAAAGGAAUGAGACCUGAUUUGGGCACUUCAAAGAAUAAAUCACAAAUGCUCCUAACACAUUAAACAUGCUUGUAGUGGAUACCCCUGACCCAUAUGUGGAGCUGUUCAUCCCCACUUCCCCUGAGAGCAGGAAGAAAACACGCCAUAUAGAUAAUGACAUCAAUCCAGAGUGGAAUGAGACCUUUGAAUUCAUCCUCGACCCCAUCCAAGACAACGUGCUAAAGUUGACAUUAAUGGAUGCUAACUAUGUUGUGGAUGAAAUGUUGGGUACGGCCUCAUAUGACAUCUCUAAACUCAAAGUUGGACAAACAGAACUGGUGUCAUUUCUUAUAGGAAAAAUGACCAAUGUGUACUUAGAGCUUUCCUUGGAAGAGUGCUCAACAAUGGACCUGCGAUUCAAUCUGGAUCUGUGCCCUGAAGAAAAGCUCUACAGACAACAGCGGCGUGAUAGAGUCAUGCUGGGCAUCAAGAAAUUGCUGCACAUGGAGAAACCUUCCUCCCUCCCUUCCUCUCCUCAUGAGGUUCCAGUGAUUGCUGUGCUGGGCUCAGGGGGAGGUUUCAGGGCAAUGGUUGGGUUCUCUGGGGUUAUGAAGGCUUUGUAUGAGUCUGGAGUUCUGGACUGCGUCACAUAUGUUGCUGGACUCUCUGGAUCCACCUGGUACAUGUCCACUUUGUAUUCCCACCCAGAGUUCCCCACUAAGGGCCCAGAGCAGAUCAACCAGGAGCUGAUGAAGCGUGUGAGCAGUAACCCUCUCCGACUACUCCAUCCCAAACACAUCACUAACUACGUACAUGCCUUGUGGAGCAAGAAGGCCACAGGGCAGCCUGUUACCUUCACAGAUAUCUUUGGGAUGCUAAUAGGCGAGACGCUCAUUCCUGCUAGGAUGGACACCAAGUUGAGUGCGUUGCAGGAAAAGAUAAAUGAAGCUCAGGCUCCUCUGCCCUUGUUCACCUGCCUGCAUGUAAAACCAGAUGUCUCUGAGCUUAAGUUUGCAGACUGGGUGGAGUUCAGUCCGUAUGAAAUCGGAAUGGCCAAAUAUGGAACCUUCAUGACCCCUGACCUUUUUGGAAGCAAGUUCUUCAGAGGAAAUGUGGUCAAGAAGCACGAAGAAAACCCUCUUCACUUCCUUAUGGGUGUGUGGGGCAGUGCCUUCUCCAUCCUGUUCAACAGAAUUCUGGGAUUGAACGAUACGACGAAAGGCAGCACCAUGGAGGAAGAACUAGAACAGAUCAAACCGGAACACAUUGUGGGAGAGGACAGUCUAGAUAAUGAUGAUGAUCCACAUAAAGAGGACGAGUAUCAGGCCAGCUGGAUGCAGCGCAUGGUUAGCUCUCUCUUCAGUGACUCAGUUCUUUUUAAAACGCGAGAAGGCCGAGCAGGAAAAGUACACAACUUCAUGCUGGGCUUAAACCUCAACAACGACGUGCCACUUUCUUCUUUCUAUGAGACCGUCACUCCCACAGAAGAUGAGGUUGAUGCGGUCACAGACCCAUUUGAGUUUGACCGUAUCUACGAGCCAUUAGACGUAAAGAGCAAGAAGAUCCAUGUGGUGGACAGUGGCUUGACCUUUAACCUCCCUUAUCCUCUGAUUCUAAGGCCUCAGAGAGGUGUUGACCUCAUCAUCUCCUUUGACUUUUCUGCCCGACCGAGUGACUCAAGCCCUCCAUUUAAGGAACUUCUGCUAGCUGAGAAAUGGGCACGAAUGAACCAACUACCAUUUCCCAAGAUCGACCCAAAAGUGUUUGACCGGGAAGGUCUGAAGGAGUGUUAUGUGUUUAAGCCCAAAAAAGAAGAAAGGAACUGCCCUACUGUCAUCCAUUUCGUCCUGGUCAAUAUCGAAUUCAGGACAUUUAAAGCCCCAGGUGUUCCACGUGAGACGGACAAAGAGAGAGAAUUUGCAGACUUUGACAUCUUUGAUGACCCAGAGACGCCCUACUCCACCUUCAACUUUCAGUAUUCCAAUCAAGCCUUCAGCCAGCUGCAUGAUCUUAUGGAAUUUAACACGCUUAACAACAUAGAGGUCAUCAAAGAAGGCAUAAAGGACAGUAUCUUGUAUAGGAAGGAGAUUCCAUCUCGCUGCGCUGUCUCUCUUUCUCUCAGUGAUAUACAAAACAAAAAACUCUUGAAGAGGGAGUCCAAAGGACAAGCAAGCCAAUAAGAAGGCGGUAUAUGAUGGCAUUCUAGCCACAGCAAGUUUACAGAUGUCACAUCUCAUCAUGGAAACUUUUUUUACCUGAAAAAUGACUCAAAAGACUGUGAAACUAGAUGGUCUGGUUUGGUCCCCAGAACAUUUUUCCAUGUAGCCUUUUAAAGAUAAAGAGAGAACUGGUGGCUUGCACCAUAAAAACAGCAUUUACAAUGUAACUGUUGUCAUUACGUUGUGCGGGUGUAGCAAUUCCAGAAAGUGUGGUGUGAAGUGCCAGAGUAGAUGUAAACAGAUAAACUACUUCUUUCAAUAAUAGGUGCUGAGAGAUUUACUUUUCGAAGACUUAAAAAGGUAUAUCCCCCCUUCCGUCAUCAUCACGUGAUUACAUUCUGUAUGUUAAUUGUCUUCUGCAGAACAUAAAAGACAUUUAGGGGCUAAAUAAUGUUUAACUUUCAAUGUAUAGACAAAUAAAAACAAUGAAACAUUUUUCUAAA